GCACUACUUAGUGGAAAACAAGUUUUGGUACCUACUCGCAACAAAGUUGUUUGUCCGGGUCAGUGUGCGUCAGCUGCCCAAAGUCUAUCUGCCCGCUGUCUUACAUCAUCCGCUGAUUACCCUAUCCCGCCGUUGUGCCCGCCUCUCCCCAGCCAGUACACAAUAGUGCUGCCGUGGUCCGGUCCUGAACCAUGGUUCGAACCGGACUUUUGGCGCAAACCGUGCUCGACCUCCGGACCGACCCCUUCACCCAUGGUCGAUUGAAAUCUCACUUCGGUGAUGUAAGCGCUGGAUUGUGGUAUAUCAAGCAUGGAUGCGAUCAUUCAACUUAUUUUAUCAACGCUCAAUGCAUUACAGACCCAUAUUCGAAGUUUUCCAAUUCCAACUCGACGUCCGGUUUCUCGAUAUCAUCAAUAUAUCGGUCACUUCUCUCCCAACUGGCUGUUCGUUCCUCAAGCUUGUCAGCGACCUUCAUCUAUCUAUUUUCCAUUGCAUCAAUCCGAUCACGCCAUUGCUUACAUAUGAACCACCAAACUGGAGCCAUAAUACAUUCAUCAACUCUGUUCACAUCACUUGUGAUUGACGAGGACUCGACAAAAAAAAAUUCACUGAGACAUUUUAGGGUUCGGUUCGCGUUCGAACCCAAAAAAAAACCGAACCUGACCGCUCCGAACGGUUCGCGAAGGUUCGGUCCAGGGUUCGUCGACUCUGGUAGAACCGGACCCAGGUUCGGUUCUCGGUUCUUGCUCAACCCCCGUUGAACCGGACUGAACCGGACCGCAGCAGCACUAGUACUAUACCAGGCAUGGCCAAUGGAUGUUGGCGCCCUCUUUGACUCCUCACAAACACAGCACGAGCUUGCACAGAUUCCGCUUCUCGACGAGAGAGCAGGCGGGUAGCAAGCCUC